AUGUCUGAGGCUACCUUCCACACCACUCGCCAGGACCUUCGCAAGCCGGAAUCCAAGGUUUCCCGGUCUCAUCAUGGCAAGACCCCUGCCGACUCGGAUGUCUCAAAGAUGAAGUCAAUCAUCGACCAGAACACCGACAAGCCCGCAGAAAUCGAGAAUGCCAAAGCCAACUUGCCCUUGCCUAACCAGCCCCCAACGGCCAGUGACUGGAACUCUCUUGACCAGCGUACCACCGCUGUUGGCUCCGGCCGCUUCGAGCUCCCCCCUGAUAACAGUGGUCUCCGUGAGGGCGCCACUGCUGGUAGCAGUGCCCGCGUUGAUGGUCAGGAGCUCCACCAGUCCACUGCCCCUGGCAACAAGCUUGGCCGCCAGGGUGUUGAGGGACUUGACCACCUCCCCUCUGACGCUACGUCCCGUUAA